AUGCCUCUGCACCAGGGCUUCCUCCCGCGCGAGGGCCUCACCGCCGACCCCAUCUUCCGCCUCAUCGCCCGAACCGCCCUGAACCCGUCCCUGCUGCUUCCGCUCCUGCUCCUCGCCCGCUACACUAAGAAGGGCGGCGACCUCGCCAUCCUUCACCCCACGGCCUUUUCGCGCAUCAAGUUCCUGGCGUACUGCGCCGUGACGCGCUGGGCGAGCAGCUGGCUCUCGCGGCGCGCCCUGAACAACUGGGUCGACGACCGGUACAACUGGCCCAGGGAGAUUGUUCUCGUCACAGGCGGUGCUGGUGGGAUCGGCGGGCAUGUUGCGCGACUGUUGGCUGAGCAGGGUGCCACUGUCGUUGUGUUGGAUAUCCAGGACUUGACUUUCACAGCUGCUUCCAAUGUACACUAUUUCAAGUGCGACAUCACUUCGACCCAGGCACUCGCGGCCGUAGCCAACGACAUUCGCGCAAAGGUCGGCCACCCAACGGUGCUCAUUAACAAUGCCGGCGUGGCGCGCGGCAAGACGGUCCUCGAAUCGACGGAGCGGGAUAUUCGCUUCACUUUCGAUGUCAACACGCUUGCACACUACUGGACGACCAAGGAAUUCCUCCCGCACAUGGCAAAGACCAACCACGGAAUAAUUGUAACGGUUGCGUCGUACGCAAGUUACCUAUGCGUCCCCAAUAUGGUCGACUACGGCGCGUCCAAGGCCGCCGCUAUGGCAUUCCACGAGGGCAUCACAGCGGAGCUAGUCACUCGGUAUAACGCCCCGCGGGUGCGCACGGUACUAGUCAACCAAGGGUUCACAAAGACUCCGUUGUUCACCGGCUACGAGCAGGGCUUCGACUUCAUCCUCCCGGCGCUGGAGCCCGAGACCGUCGCCGACGCCGUGGUGAAGCAGGUGCUCUCGGGCGAGAGCGGCCACGUCGUGCUGCCCGCGUACGGCAACGUGCUGACGGCGCUGAGGGCGUUCCCGCACUGGUACCAGCACCGCAUCCGGGGCGAGUCGCAGAAGCUGAUGAGAAACUUUUCGGGGAGACAGGUGGUCGAGGAUGUUGAGGGGUUUUACAAGAAGAAGGACGAGCGGGCGGAGGCGGAAGCCGAACCGGAGCAGGAGAGGCCGGAAGAGAGCACGGUCUUGGUUGGGGAGCCCGUUCCUGAACCCAACGGCAUCGAGUAA